AUGAGUAAGUUGCCAACUCUAGAAUUUGAAGAAUCAAUUGAUGCCAUGAUAAGGUGCAUAGAUUCAGACAAUGUGCUCAGGUAUUCCACUGAGGAUUGUUCCUUUGAAGAGGAGAUUCGUCCAGAUGGCUACAACGUAUAUAAAUCAAAAAAAUACGGAAUAUCGGUGUCUUUGAGUAGUGCCAAGCAAAGACAACAGUUCAAAGGAAAAGAUUUUCUUCCGCUGUCUCACUUCUUACCUAUGAUCAACACUGUGCCUAUGGAGUCAACAGACUUUGGUGAAUAUGGUGAUUACAGCCAGGCCUUUGAACCAGAGGGGUACUCCUCGCCUCUUGAAACGGACAGCAUGGACCCUUUUGGCAUCACCUCCAAACUGUCACCAGUAAAGAGCCCCAGCUUUCAGAAAUGA